AUGAGUGGUGCGAACAGUACAGAAUUGGCUGGAACCGGUGAGCUUCCGGAUAUAAAUGCUGAAGAAGAGGAGCGAUAUCGUUUGAAGACAAUUGCUCUCCAGGAGCGUUACGAUACCGUCGCUUUGCAAUCUGUUCGUCUUCGCGAGCGGAUAUAUCAAGUGAAGAAGCAGUGCCGUCGCCUAGAGGUCAUGAAGCGAGUCACACUGAAUAUGCUUCAUCAAAACACUGGCACCUACGACAUUCCACCGCUCGAGAUCGUUGAUGAGUCACUUCACAAACAGCAACAUAUGACGUCAGAACCUCUUCGUAAAAAGUCAAAAAGGCCUUCUCGAAGCAAGGCAGAUGGUAAGUUGACGGCUGAAGAGGAGGAACGCGCGAAGCAGAAAAUUUGCAGCAUUAUUGAUAGCGUGUAUAGUGAAACGGCAAGACGAAUGGGUGAUAGUUCGAGACGACCGCUGCGAAACUCAACCGUCUCAACACCUUUGAACUCUGGAGAUGUCUCGGAUGGGAUAUGUAGUUCGCUCAUAUUGGGCACUGACAACAAAUUAAGUGGAGAAGCUGCUCAUGCAACAGUACACAAACAGCCUGGGACGGGAAAUUCCAAUUGCCACCCUUCGUCUGAAUUUGGAUCGCAUCAGCUUGAUAAGGGCUUAGAAGUUGGAAAAGACGAAGAGAAUUCCAGGACUAUUUUCUACGUUUUGGGCUCGAACUCAAAAAUGAAGAAUUCACAUGGCCUUAAUUACGAACCGAUUUUAAAUCAAGAGCAGGCAAUGGUCUGUGAGGGCGUCGAAGAGUCCAAUCGGACAGCUUGCAAUAUUUCGGAGAUUGUCUUAGGUACCGGCAUCACUUAUGACAUUAACGCCGAACAGGUUGCAACUAGCCUGGCUUAUCCAACGUACGAUACCUCAGUUGUUCCAAUACAACCACUAAACUAUAACAUUGAGACAGUUGUUCAUGAUCAGGACGUUUCUGAACAGUCCACAAAUUACGAACUGCUUCAUGAGGAGAACAGUGUUAAAUGUGAUAACUCUGUUAAGUACUCUAUUUCCACACCAUCGUCAGGUCCACCAAGUUACGGGGAAAAUGUAAAUCCUAGGAAGGCCAUGGACUAUGGCAGAAAUGGGAACUCAUCCCAGUUUGUUAGAUACGUACUGAAGACAUCAAAAGAAUCUGCUGGAUCUGUAAAUGGAGACAGAAUCACUUCUACUGGUGCUGCUGUUAGAGCACGUGAAACGGCGCAACAGUCUGCGUCAGGAAGCACUACUCUGGCUAGAGGCGAUCAUCACAAACAAGACACGAGUAGAUCUGUGAACUGUAGUUUGCCGUUACCUGACUUUAUCCCGUACAGAAUGAUCGCAGUUGAAAAUCCGAAACCUGUCGAAGUGAUCACCAUCGACUCUGGUGAUGAGACAUCUCCACCAAAACAAGUGCCAAGACGCCGUCGUAAGUACAAAUAUGUGGUGGAGAGUGUUCUUGACAAUGUACCGUACACAUUCCGUCAGGCAGAAUCAGAUGAUGAUGAGACCACAGAUAAAAACUCUACGAUUGUCAACAGCACAAUUCUUGCCAGCAACUGA